AUGCAUCGAGUACUAGCCAUUCCUGAACUAUUGUUGAACGUCUUCUCCUUUCUAGACGACCGGUCCAACGCGAAGACGGCCGUCGUCUGCAAAAGUUGGUCGGAAUUUGCUUUGAACGAACUUUGGAACAAUGUCGACAUCAGCAUACUCAAGUCCUUGGCCCCUAUGGAUGUAUCACUACUGGAGGAGAAAUCCGUACUUUUGCUUGAACGUUCCCCCACCCAGUCAGAAUGGAGUCGAUUCUUGAACAAUACCAAACGCGUCCACUAUCUCAACGUAGCACCUAUCUCGCCCAGGAUGCUCUCAUUGCAUACCGUCACGAUCUACGAGCUGGCGCUAGGCCGGACCAACCACCUCAUAUUUCCUCAUAUCCGCGGGCUCACAGCUGAAGAGGGUACUCUCAGCGCCUUGUUUAUGAGCGACACCGUCGAAUCUCUCGAUAUCUGCCUUUUUCCUCCAACGACAGAGAUAGAAGUCUUCAAGAGGCUGGCAGCACGCCACAGGCCCACGCUUAUACAACAUAUCUGCGAACGCAUGCCUCGCCUGACCGAGCUUCUUUUUAGGGGGCCUGACCUCGCACGAAUCGCCGAAUCAGACAUAGUCACCCUCAUUCAGGCGCAACCCUGCCUCAAAGUUGUUCAACUCCCUCUAUACGAGAUGUCUUCCCUCAUCUGGUCUGCUCUCGCGGAAUUGGACCAUUUAGAACGGAUAGGGACGGCUUUUCCUGAACCUCCUUUUUACUUCGGCGAGCUACACAAUCUACGCUCAUUCGGUCCGCCACAAACUUCACUCAAGGACGGUGCCUUUCCAGCCUUAUACAGCCUCUAUAUUCCCGCAAUUACUGUCGAAACAGCUCUCUCAUACCUUACGCAGGCCCAUUUUCCUUUGGGGCAGCUUCAGGUUCUUCACCUACGUUUGCCGUUCGCGGUGGAAGUCAAACCUGAGGACGUCCAACAUCUUAUCAUCUCCCUCGGAAAAGCCUGCACCUCACUCCGCUCUCUGCAUAUAAACAUCCAUCCGACGGAGCCCUUCACGUUCCCAGAUCUCGCUCUUGUCUCCGCACUUAAAUACGAGCAUUUUAAGGAUAUUAUCUCCUUUAAGUUGCUGGAAGAUUUCAUCAUCGCACAUACGCAUCCCAUCGAGGUAUCGGAAGACGACCUCACGCAUCUCGCCACCAAUGGGCUUUAUCUCGAAACCCUUUGGCUUAAUCCACGGCCCAUCGCCUUGUCGCCAUCCUCUCUCACUCUACGGGCCCUCGAUAUAUUCGCCCAGAACUGUCCUAACAUCUGGAGCCUGGGAUUAUACAUGGACGCUAGAUCACCCCCAGAAGUUCCUCAGCCAGAACAUCGCUACCAGAUUGAGCACGUCUACGUCGGGUGUUCGCCAAAUGCCAUGUUUCCCGAGUCUCCCGAAUGCUGCAGGCAGAUCGCGGAGUACCUCGCCGCCAUCGUUGUAGAAUCGGAUAGGGCCUCUAUCACCUCGCAUCUGGUUCACGACGAAGUCAAACACGACGACCUGUACGAAGGAAAAGUGGAGGCAGUACUCUUGGCCAGCCACAGAGCGAAUUGGAGAAUCGUGGAGGAGAUGAUGGUCAUGCUCUUCAAGGACAGGAUGAAAAGACGCCGGGAGAGCAACUCUUUACAGCGUCGUAUGUGGGAGAUGGAGAGGAGAAUGGAGCAGGCCCUGGGGGAUAAAGUUACUCUCGAUUAG